GGGUUAAGUUUCCCUCCUCUGCCGAGAGUUUAUCCCUCAUAAUGGGAUGUGCCACCGAGUCGCUCUGCUGCUCUAAGCUACAUCAGGUCAACAUAUUCAGCUCGAGAGGCGGCGCAUCAUGGGCUGAGCCUAUUUGCAGGGAAAUGAGCUGUGGACUCGGUGCCGCUCAGUGGUUGUGAUUUCAUCGAUGAGGAGCAGAUCGCCUCAGACGCAGACAUGGUGACACGUGGAUUAUCGUGGGUGAGAUGACCCGACGGCCGCCGGGUGGAUUAGGUGGUCGCCUCGCUCGCGUGUGUGCGUCGGGGUCCGCGACGAGCUCCGUUUUCGUUCUCACUCCGGGACCCGGCGAUGCGCUCAUUAAAGGAAACGGGUUUCGCAGACAUCCGGAAAACGCAUCCAUGCGCCACGGCCGCUCCGCAUCCCGAUAUGCUCACGACAGCACAAAGCCUGGCGUCAGGGAGCUCCCAUAAGAAAACGCACAUGCAGAUCGGCAUGGGUGCGUCGGCGCGGUUAUGUCGCGGUAUGUUGUGCGGGUGAGGCCUUGGAGCGCAGUUGUGCAAUGAGACACGGGAAUGGGAAUUACGGGAAUUAUGAAAUAGACUUUAUUGAUACAUGAUCUGACAAUAUGGCUGAUCAGAGCAACAUUCAGUCGGCCGCCUCCAAGAGCAUCAGGCCCUUUAAAUCCAGCGAAGAAUACCUGUACGCUAUGAAGGAGGAUCUGGCUGAAUGGCUGAACACCCUCUACGAUCUAGACAUCACUGCGGACACCUUUAUGGAUGGGCUGGAGACGGGCUGUGCCCUCUGUCGGCACGCCAACAAUGUGAACCGCGCCGCGCAGGACUUCCAGAUGGAGUACCCGGAGGCUGCACGGUCCAUGAAGAUGCCAUCUAAAGAUGUUGGCUUUCAAUCGCGCAACGUCGUCCCCGGCUCGUUCGUGGCGCGGGACAAUGUCUCCAAUUUCAUCGCCUGGUGCAGGCAGGAGCUCUGGAUCAAGGACGUCCUCAUGUUUGAGACCAACGACUUGGUGGAGAAGCUCAACGAGAAGAAUUUUGUUCUGUGCCUCCUCGAGGUGGCGCGACGCGGGUCCAAGUUCGGCAUGCUGGCCCCGAUGCUGAUCCAGCUGGAGGAGGAGAUCGAGGAGGAGAUUCGGGAUCAGCAGAGCCAGCUGAUCGAUAAUCCCGGGGAGCCAGCAUCGUCGGCCAGCGAGCAGAGCUCUCCGAGCAGGUGUUUCAGUCGAAAGGAGAGUGUGACUUGUAGCCACAGUGUGGAGGAUGAAGAGGAGGCACCUGACCCCGAGCCCUUCAUCUGGCAGCCGAAGAGAGUUUUAUGUGACAUGCGAAAUCUGGAUGAAUUGGUGCGUGAGAUUCUGGGACGGUGUUCCUGUCCAGCUCAGUUUCCUAUGAUUAAGGUGUCCGAGGGGAAGUACAAAGUCGGAGACUCCAGUGCGCUGAUCUUCAUCAGGGUCCUUCGUACUCAUGUGAUGGUGCGUGUCGGAGGGGGCUGGGACACACUGGAGCACUAUUUGGACAAGCAUGACCCAUGUCGCUGUGCUGCUUUUGCUCACCGCUACCACCAGGCUAAAGCUAGUGGCCAAGGUCAGGGGGCUCAGAGCAAGUCCUCCAGCGCACACUCCUCCCGCUCCACCAGUCCAGGCCCACAUUGGCGUAAUGAAGGCAUCGCGCCGUACAAGCCUCCUGACAGGCGCUCGCUGGAACCUCUCAACGCUCCGUCUGCCUCUUCCUCGCGGCCGGGCCGAUCACAGAACUCUUCUGGCCACGUGGAGGUGGACUCUGGUGUAGCGCGUGCUCUGCUGCCACGCCCGCCACGGGACCGCUCUGAACCACGGCACUUUAAUCCUGCCAGGAAUAAGGAGGGAAUAUUACCAGUGACAAGACGUCUGUCUGGAGACAGUGACUCUUCUACAGCCUCCUCUAAAGGAGGAGGAGGUGGGGGACGGCUUGGUGGCGCUUCGCGGCGCUCCGGUGACGAGGUCGUGCUGCUCGUCAAUCGCAAGGAGGGGAAGCAUAUGAUUGAGAGGCCAGGAGCUGGAAGUCAGAGCCCGUCCCUGCGUCCCUCGCUGCCUCGUGCACGCAGCCAAUCACGGGAACGUUCUGGACUUGCUCCAAUACUCAAACCCAACCCACCGCAGGGAUCCUCCGAAGGUACGCGACCGCCUCGCACAGAGAGGGGCCGCUCUCUUGGAACCGAGGGCCCAAGGAGGCUCCACGCUGGACGUUCCCACAGCCAGAGUAAAUUAUCUAGUCGUACUCGGUCCAGCGAUGCCAGCCCCGGACCCGCACUUUCCUGCAGAGACCCUCAGCCCCCACCUACAGACAGGCGAGAGGACAUUCGGGCAAAACAAGUGCCUCCAUCCUCUCCCAGAGUGGGUGGUGGAUUCGCCAAGAGACAGUCAUCCUCAUGUUCUAACUCGCCCGUUAAAGGAGUCCAGAGCACUAACAGCAGCCCCAGCAAAAAGACUAUAACUACUCCCAGACCUCCUGCUCCUCGAUCUCCCUCCAUAGGAAAAGGCAGACUUCUGCCGCCUGUCUCCUCCGGAGGGCGACGCUCCCCACACUCAACUCCUCGCAACACGCAUCAUCAUCACGUCGCCCGCUCUCCUCGGAUUCCACAAGCUCCUCGCUCUGCUGGCCGAGGCCACCCUAGAAACUGGUCUGGCCUGGAGCACCAGGAGUGCGAGGAGGAAGGUUUGGGUAUUGACUUCCAAAUGCUGCCGACAUUAGACCCCCAGAAGGAGCAGGACCUGUAUCGCAGUUUUGAGGCUGAGUUUCUGGCCAAUACACAGCAGUCCAGAGGAGGGUCCAUCAAACCUCCAGGAGGACCAAACAUCAGGGGGCCUGGGACCCACUUAGUGCCAGCGCUCACUGAUCCUAAUGUCACUGACUCUGCCUAUUCCUCUUCUAACUCCUCCACCUCCUCCUUGAAUGUGGGGGCAAAAAUAGGAACUCUGCCUGACCUCAGGGAAUCCAAGAGAAACAACCCCCGUCACUUCCCAAUGGAGAACUCCUUAAACUUAAUUUACGGACACAACUUUGGAGGACACAUAGGCCAUGGGGACACUGAACACUGGGGGGAGCGUGGAGGGGGUCUCAAGAAGCUCCCAGCCAUCUCUAGCUGCAUGGAGGAGAGGGAAAUUCCAUCUUCCCUGCCUGGUCUUGUAGACACAGAUUCAGGCGAGUUGAUGAAUCAGAUUCCCUCUCAAUCUGCUUUCCACUGUAGGAAUAUGAAUGGGGACCUUGGAGGUUGUCCUCCAACAGGGGAGCUCACAGGUCUGCGGGGUCAGCUUGGCUGGGGCACACGGCCUGAAGGAGAAGGAGAUGUUCCUCUGGAAAAUCAUCAGCCAAACCUACCUUAUGACCUAGAAAAUGGCGACGGGAGUGACGACCUCCCGCCUCCAGAGGCUUGUCCAUCACCUGUCGCCCUUCCCCCUUCAGAGGACUGCUCUUUCCAGGAUUCUUCAAGUGAAAACUCUUCCAUGUGCUUCAGCUUGAGCGAAUCCCGCUCCGAGUCCCCCCAGCCAUCUUCACCCAUCACUAACGGGAACACAGGCGGAGAAGUGCUGCAGACUAAAAAAGUGCAAAAGAAGGCAAACAAGGUAAACUCGAUCCCUAAGCACAAACCGGGAGCCAGGUUCAGGCCUCGCACCGACAACAGGCCAGAAAACAGCCCGUCACGUAUCCCGACCCCUGUCAGCUACAGAGAUCUGCAGGCUCACAACCCACUCUCCCCCUGCCACACCCCGCCGCUGUCCCCCAGCUCCCAUCGUCCUGGCCGUCCAGCCACGUGCAAGAGCCUGCACCAGGCUUUCGCGGAUAUGAUCCAUCCUCAGCCCCGUUCUCCAGCCAUGGGCAACAAAGAUUGCUCCUAUGCUGGACAGUCAAACAGCCUGGACACUGAAGCUUGGAUGUAGCACAAAAGUUAUGGUGUAUUGUCAUGAACUUUAACUACUGUGUAAAAAAAAAAAAGGACUUAAAGACGGGGCUAUAGAUGGAUUUUAUUGCAUGUCAAACACUCUUUCUUUUCCUUUUAGUUUCACCCCUUAAUUACUGCAAGGGGUUCACAUUGCUUUUUUUUGCACUCAAGCCAAAUUAUUUAUUGUUACCAAAGGAAUGGUCUUUUAUUGUUACUGUAAUUUUAACGUGUGCAUGGGGACGCUUAUGCCAAUCAUAAAGGUGUUUUUUUAUUUAAGAGACAAGAAAUUCUCACAGUUGAUAAACAGAGAUAGAGAGAUAGCAUAUGUGCUGCCAUGUGCCCCACUAAGGGGCAUGGUAAAGUGCCAGGGAUUUAUAGCUGCAACUCUACAUUGUAAACACUAAACCUUUAGUGAGAUGGAUUGGCUCCCUCUUGUGGUUUGCCAUAGUUUCUCUGCUUGCCUUCGAUAGUCUAAGUACUGGUAUGAAGACUGUGACAGUCUCUCCACAUUAGUGGUCUUCAUUUAUCACUGAGUAUACUCUCAUUUACAAUACACUAAUAGGUAACAUAGACAAAGUUACACCCAUUAGUUGCCUGACUUUAUGGAUAUGACACACACUACAAAUUUCUGUACAGUUGUCCGAUGUGGUUAAUGUCUACUUUUCACAGACAGUUGAUGUAGUUCAGAUAGAUAAUAUUUUAUUGUUUUAAAUGCUUAAUGUGUUAUUCAUGAUUAUUUUUAAUGCAGUAAUUUACCCUUCUACUUUUAAGUGUAAAAAACAAAACAAAGAGGAGCGGUGAAGGUUAUAUUUCUUUGUGUCAUCGUCACUGAAAUAGAAAUGUUAAGAACUCUUCCUCCGACCAAACUGUACUCUGGAAUACGACGCUAAUUAUACAUGCGCGGAAGCCCCACGCUUUGGAGAAUGAAUGUGUAAAUACACGUUAAUGCGCUCACUGAGAGAUGUGGGCAUUUUGUAUAUAUGAGGACAUGGAAAAUACACUUUAAUGUACAUUUUCACUGUAAUAAUAAGUUCUGUGCUGCCUUAGCUAUGCAAUAUUGGUGUUUGAAAUGCCUUGACGAUUCCCUUUGCCUUAAAAAUGUAUUUACAUGUUAGUUUUUGAAUGUUUUGCUUAACGUCACUAAGAUUUAUUUAGUAACACUACAUUUCCAUCAGCUGUUUAUGUUAAUAGUAAUUGGACAGUUUGCCAAUAUUGCCAAUUUAAAUUAUGGAUUAUUAUUGAUAUAAAUGGACAAUUCACAACAAAGAUAUAUAAUUUAUUGCUUAUGAAUCCCAGAAAUACCAGAAGGCAGAUAAAGUGGUUAAUUUGAAUGGAACAAUCUGGUGGUGACAUCUAGUGGCAAAAGAAAGCCAUGUUUUAUUCACAGUAAAAAAACAAAAAAACAAACAAACAAAAAAAACCAUAUAUUUUUUGGCACGUUUCCCUUUCUUCCAUAUGUCCGGAAUUAAAAGCCCCGGUGCUGAUUUGAAUCAGUACAGCUAAUUGCAAUGUUAUGAUAUGUCGAAAUUGGAUGGAUGAGGACGGGCUUUAACUUGAGAGUCUGUAUGUGUGCAAAAGUGCAUGAAUAAUGGAUACCGUAACUGGAUAUUAAGGUUUCCUUGUGAAGCCCUUGCAGAGUUGUUAUCAGUAUGAGAGGCCAGACUCCAGCUACAGAGCUCAUAGGACUCUGUCUGGUAUUUAACAGGUGUGGACUUUGUAAAAUAUAUUUGAAAGUUGAAAAGUUUGUGGCGUUAGUGACCUGCAGAAAACCCAAAACAUUUUGCUAUGAGGGAAGAAAAUUGACAUUUGUUUUUAUUAAUAUUUCUCACUGGAAAAUACAAAAUAAUAAUAAUAAUUUAAGUUUAUUUCUGCAGACACUACAGUGAAUGGGCUGAAAUGAAAGAGUGUGUAUAUCGUUGUGUACAUACUUUACUGUAUGUAAAUAUGUACAGAGUUGGAGUAAAGAGGGGAGUGAUGUUGGUCUAAUUUAUUUAUUUAUAAAAUCAAAUCUCCACAGGCUCAAGUGUCCCAGGUAUAAGUGAUAAAUCUAAAUGAAGUGGAGCACAAUUAGAAAUGUUGCCACAGACUGGAAUGGUAAACUAAUGUAAACAUAUCUGGGCCAUUUCACAACAUUUGCAAAUAUGGUGAACUGAUUUUAAUGCUGUUUGAGCUACAUGGAUUGAAUGUGUAACUGGUUAUCAGUUUCCUGUGUAUAAACAGAUUAUAACAUUUAUUUUAAUCAUUCUAAUUUUAAUUUGUUUUGACCUUGUUUGAAAAUAUCUGUAUUUGAUUAACUGGAGUUCAUCUGUCAGCUUCAUGGACGGCUUCAUAAAAGCACAUUGGUCAUCAAGUUUUAAAAAAUAUGAUUGUCCUGAACAUAUUUUGCUCUUUGUCCUGCACAACAUUUUAAUAAAAUUAUCUCUCUUUUCUUUUCCCCAAUCAGCAAAAUCUGAAUGAUUGUGAUUAGACAAAUUUUUCAUUUGCUUAUGUCCUUUUCACUAAAACUUCUUUUAAAUGUACAGUUUGCUUAUUGUGGAUUUUGUGUGUAUGACAUAGCAAUACUGCAACAUUUCACUCUUUUUGAAGUAAAAGAAAUGCUGUCAAGUUGUUCUUGUAAUAAAUAUUUUUCUUCUGAAGUUCGUGGGUUAGCUCUCAUCAGAUUUUCUUGCGCUCGCAGCGGUGUACAGAGCCAUGUAUGGAUUUGCUUGUCGCAGAAAAAGCCAAAAUGUGAUUUACUAUGAUUUUGUACUUGAAAGAAAAUGUCUUUGUUGCAUAAAAUGUAAAAUACUGUAACCAUCCAAACUGUCAGUAAAUCCAAUGAACUUUUA